CUCACGGAAUUUGGGCGAGCAGGAGGUUUAGAGGAGAAACUUUUUCGAUAAAGGCGUGGUAUAUUAGAGCUUGUGCGCACCAAGGCCCCUAAGUCAUAAAAGCUUUUCUGAGAUUUGGGUGAAACUUCUUUGUCAAAACAGUUGUGUAAAGGAUAAAAGGCAGAGAAGAGAUGCCUGAAUUAGAGAAAUUUACUUGUCCCCAAAAUCGGGAAAUAUUUGAAGUAAAUGGCGGAGGGCAUCCACAAGUCAAUGCUUCACCAAAAUCGUGGCAACCGUCUAUGUGGAAACCGUCUAAAAAGCUUUGCAUUUACAGGGUGCCUAGAUCCAUAAAGAUUUCCCAUGAAGCAGCAUAUGUUCCUUUGGUUGUAUCCUUUGGACCUUACCGUCACGAGAUGAACACCAAAGUUUCUGGAAUGGAUCCACAUAAGGUGGAGGCACUUAAUACAAUAUCAAAAAGGUUCAAUGUGGAUAAGAACAACUUGAUUCAAGAGAUUGCAAGUUUAGAUAGUGCUACCAGAAAGUGCUAUGAUGAAGCAAUUGAGUGGGAUAAAGAUACAUUAGCCAAGAUGUUAGCAAUGGAUGUUUGUUUUAUUAUUCAAUUCUUCACAUCCUAUAAUCAUGAGAACACAGUGCGCUUUCAUAUACUAAAUGACAUUAUGAAAUUAGAGAAUCAAAUUCCUUUCUUUAUUGUCGAAGCUAUAUAUAAAUUGAUUUUUAAAAAGGAUGAUGUAACAUCUCAGUUAACAGAACUACUGUUCGGGAUGUUUACCCGAAUUCCAUUCUAUGACAUAUCAGCAGGUGAUGGAGUAUCUUUCCAUCAACUGGAAGAAUAUAUCAAGAAAACUCCAUUUCAUCUAUUAGAUUUGAAAAGAAUGGUGGUUGCCGAUCUUUUAUCGGCUGCUGCUGUUGAACCUGGUGACUAUGGUGACGCUGAUAGAAUCAACUGUGCCCAUUGUGUGCGUGAAUGGUGCGUUAAUGUAACACUACCUGUUUUGGUGAAAAAAUUUUGGCCAACAUAUUCUCCUCAUAAUUUUACUCCAAGUGCCGAAUUAUUACACAAGGUUGGUAUCAAAUUUAAAGCAGGCGACAUCGGAUUUGAAAGUAAUAAGCUCUCCCUCCCUCGAGUCAUAGUAGACGAUAGCACAGAAAUAGUGUUGAGGAACUUGAUGGCUUAUGAAGAGUGUCAAAGGUGCUCACGUUCUCCCAAAAGCACCGUAAUUUCGCACUUUGUAAGUUUGUUAGAUGAUUUAAUCGAAUCAGAGAAAGAUGUUUCCAUCCUCAGGGAAGGCGGAAUCAUUUCACAUCUCCUGGGCAGUGAUAAAGAAGUAGCGAAUACCUUCAAUCAGCUCGGCAAGGGAAUUUCUAUUGAGCCAGUUAUUAGAUUUAUGUUUCAGUCAGUUGCUCAACGGGCAAGAGAACAUUACUACAACCCGUGGAAAAAGCCGUUUAGGCGUGUGAAGGAAGCGCAUUGCUCAAAACCACUAUACUGGGUGUCUGCUCUGGCGGGGACAGCUAUUCUGGUUAUGACGGCUGUGCAAAUGGUCUAUGCAAUAAAGGGAGGGUAGAAUAGAUAUAUUUAUAGAUGAUAUUGUGAUUACCACAUUUAAUAACUGGAUAUCGAAUAAUAUCUUGAAUUGAUAGUAGUAUGUAUAGUCUUUGACAUUUCUAGCAAAUUAUUUACUACUCAUGCUCCUUUGUGCGUCUGUAGAGAUAAUAUAUCCUCUCA